UGCUUCUGAAGUAUAUUAUAGUAGUCGUGUCAGUCAACUCUUGUACCAAAAAAGACGAAUAGAAGCCGCACAGGUUUCUUCCACACCUCAUCUCUAUGCAUAGUUAAGCCUCAUGUCCAACAACGGCAGCGCGUCCGCGGCAGACCAAACGGCCUGCUGCAGCUCCGGCACCACCAUCGGGCUCAUCGGCGUCUUCCUCUUCUUGAUCGUCGUUUACGUCGUCAUCCACUACACCCGCUGCCUGGAAUUGGAACCCGACGGCCGCUGGCAUGACCGGCAGAAGCCCGGGCUCGAUCCCUCCGCCAUCGCCGCCCUCCCCUCGUUCGCCUACCGAAGAGGCGCCGACGGGAGGAGCGGUUCCGAGGAGUGCUGCGUCUGCCUAAGUGUGGUGGAGGAGGGGGAGGUGGUGAGGGUGCUGCCGAGCUGCGACCACAGGUUCCAUGCGGCGUGCGUCGACUUGUGGCUGCAGGUUCACCGGACGUGCCCGUUGUGCCGGGCCGACGCAGCGCCAGGGAGGGCGGUCGAAGGGGUGAAAACAGCUGAUGUAGCUGGUGCACCGCCAUCUCUGGCGCCACCGUCGGAGCUUCAUACUGUUGUGUUGGUGAUGGAUGUAGGAGAGUCAUCGGCCUCUCAACCCAUGAGGUAGGAAAGAAGCUUACGUGCAAGGAGAUGGAGUUAACACACACAUGAUCUUUAGAUCUCUUUCUUCUUGUUUAUCAAGUGCAUAUAAAUCAGUAGAUUAAUGACAAGAAAUAGCUGUUUUGGUUGAAGGUUUAGAAUGAUGCAUGCAGAAAAAGGAUUAAGCUGCUGUGCUGGUUGAUUAAUUAGAGGAAACUUAAUUAGGUAGCUUUAACCAUGUAUCUAUCUCAUAUGAAGAAGAGAGAGAGAGAUGGGUGAUCACAAUUAUCUUUGGGUGACAGUGGAGACAGUAUCUACUCUUUUUACAUGCAAGAUGAGAUUAAAAGACUA